AUUCACCACAGCCACAUCCUCCGCCUCCUUCUCCUUCGCCCCCUCCUCAGCCCAUCGUCUCCAUGGUCCAGAUCGACUUGUCCUGCAUCGCUCCUUCCUCCUCCUCUCCUGCUCCUGACUCCCCCAAGUCUCCCUCUCCUCGCCCCCUCUAUCCGGAUACCAACGACCAAGCCUGCCGUCACGCCAAGUACGGAUGCCCCAGCCGUCGCAAGCAGCUCGAGUGUCUCGCGGCGGCGUCGCGGCUGAUCCAGCGUCAUGCGCAGAUCUCAGGCGUGAGCGGGAGGGUCCUGCAGCUGUAAACGAGGGGAGGGCGACACAGAGGCGGGGGAGGAAGUAGCCUGUAAUCUAAUCACCUGUAGACUAAUACGAAGAGGACACGAGCUGUGUUCGUGUAUGAAUAAAGCGAUGUACAGUAG